GUUCUUGAAGGAAACUUACAAACGCGACUCAGUGCUCGAUGCUUUGAAGGCUGGAGGCUGGAAGGCCUUCUUGGAUGGCACAUUAGCGCAGGCAACUUUUGUGCACGGACCCAACGCCACUCUUGUGGGGUCUGAUCAGUUUGGAAACAAGUAUUAUGAGCGUAUGACAGAGCAAUACGGCCGGCAUCGCUGGGUCGUUUUUGGAGAUCUCAACUGGCCAUCUGGCCAGGAACCCAGCAGUGUCCCACCAGAAUGGCAUGGUUGGCUACAUUGUAUCAGAGACUCCUCGCCCGCCACGAUGGACGUGGCUUAUCCAAUAUACCAUGUACCACACCAUGCCAACAAAACUGGCACUCCUUUGUCUUAUGCUCCAAAGGGCGCAUGGCAGAACUCGAGCAAACGCAACUGGAAGAAGGUACACGUAUGGGAUCCUGCAUCUGCGGCCACAUCUGCUUAGCUCACGCGCCCGCCUGCUUCAGUGAAGCCCAUGAGAUCAAAUGAAGUGGCACAGUGUGCCGCACACCAUGAGUGCAGCUAUCUGUUUCAGCCCAGCGUUUACGAAUGUCGCUGUGUUCAAAUUUUACCUAGACCUGAGCUGUUGUGCCCCUGAAACGCUCAGAAGCACCAAGCACCAAUGCUACGGAGAGCCUAUCUUUGACCAAAAGUUUUUCAAGUUGGAGUCAUGUAGGAGCUACUCAGCCACUCAUCAACCUUGCAAUGAUGAUGAUGCCCAUUUAGC